CCCUGCUCCAUGUCGAAAUUUACAUUUAUAACCGAGAGAAGGAAAGAGGAAAUGACUCUCUCAGCACUCAGUUCUUCUGCUCCGGGGACUUUAAUGGUGUAACGUCGCAGGAUAACGCGCACAGACUGAGGUGAGAUGAAGGACCGACUGUCCGAGCUGCAGACCCUCGUCUCCAAGCCCGCCGAGGACGAGCGCAGAGCUCCGGAGAGCAACGGCCACAGCGCAGCCGACGAUGGAGUCCAUCUGGAGCAGCACGCCGUCGUCUUCCAGGGCGAAGACGAGAUGGACGACAUCUACAAGGAGGGCCAUGCCAUGAGGAAGGAGAUGCUGCUGCUCAAAAUGGACGUGAAGCGUCUGGGGAAGCAGAACACCAGGUUCCUCACGUCCGUCAGGAGGAUCAGCAGCAUCAAGCGGGAUUCCAACGCUCUGGGGCGGGACAUAAAGGCCAGAGGAGAAGCCAUCUACGCCCGGCUGGAGAAGCUGGGGAAGCGGUCCAAGCGUUUGGAUGAGGAGCACGGGCCCGCCUCGGCGCUGGCUCGCAUGGUGCGUUCGCAGUACAUUUCUCUGACCGCCGCUUUCCACGAAGCCAUGUCUGAGUACAACGAGGCCGAGAUGGUCCAGAGGGAGAACUGCAAGACCCGCAUCCAGAGGCAGGCGGAGAUCAUGGGCAAGGAGGUGACCAGGGAGCAGAUCGACGAGAUGAUCGAGACGGGAAAGUGGAACGUCUUCUCGGACAGCCUCCUGAUCGAGGGGCGGACGGCCAGAUCCGCCCUCAAUGAGAUCGAGAACAGGCACAAGGAGCUGCUGGAGCUGGAGGGCCGCAUCCGGGACAUUCACGAGCUUUUCUUCCAGAUGGCGCUGCUGGUGGAGGAGCAGGGCUGCAUGCUGGACAACAUCGAAGCAAACGUGUACGCGACUCAGGACUACGUAGCCCAGGCUGAGAUUCAGAUCAAGAAGGCUGUGAGAUACCACAAGAACAACCCCUGCAAGAAACUGUUUUGCUGUUGCUUCCCCUGCUGCAACUGAGACACAACCAGCAUUUCUCUCUCUUUCUUUUUUUUAUUUUUUUUUUACAAGAAUAUUGAGAUAAGAUUCACAUCUGCUUCUGGUGCAAUCAUCUUCUCUUGGUUUCUGUGUGUAAAUAUGUUGAAAUGGUAGUGUAGUUUCUUUUUCACAUUUGCAAAUUUCCCACUUUAAUCUAAGAAAAAAGUCCAGGGUUAUUUCAAACCUCAUGAAUACAACGUGGCGGUUACAUUUCCUGACUGUUUCUGGGAACAGCUGAAACAGGCGUCUUUAACCUUUAACCUCAAGCUGAGGGUUAGUUCAAGGAUGCUGAGUAAUUUGAAGAGAUUCUUGUCUCUUGUCAGAAAUAGAUAUUUUGUAGGGCGGUGACUCAGAGAGUCAUUCACAAUGUUUCACCUCAGAUUAACCUACUAUAGAAAUAUGAUUGAGAUUUUUGUUAUUUAGGAAUUUAUACAUUUGUAAAAGAAACACUUCAAAAUGACUCCUUUAGUAAAUAAAAAGCAUCCACAAAAUGACAACUUUCAGCCUUGUAAAUCUCCCAUUGGACAUUUAAAUGAGUAUAUUGUGGUUUAUUUACCAAAUGACUCAUUCACUGUUAAUAGCUUGAAGGUCUUGAAUGUCUUUAACUGAAGCCUGAAACCUGAGUCCUGGUUCCUGCCAGAGUCAUUGCUUAGCAAGUCUUUAGAAGCAGUGAAUGCAACACAUCAUCCGAUUGUGGUAAACUGUGGAGGCUCAGUCAAGCAGGGUUUCUGUGGAUUGCGCAACAAUACGAAGACUGCCGCUUUUGAAGUGUUCAUUUUAGCUCGUGACUUUGUUUGUCAAGGCCGACUUGCCUCACUCAGGCUUACACAAGCCAGUAAUGCAGCAGGUUUGAACGCUGACGUGCACCUGGCCCAGUGUGUACCAGGGUUCUCGCUCAGGCGGCGUGACAGCACGAGAGAAUCGGACAGCAAACGAGUCAGACCGCUCGGUGUUUGCUCAGAAAACCUAUCCUCCUGCUUACGUUAAAAAAGACCUUCGUUAUGAGAAAACACAUCAGUCACUGGGGAAAUCCCAGCGACCAGCUGGUGGACUGAGUCAGGCGAUCACACGGUGCAUCAGUGGGUGUUUUCAGGAUUAACUGCUUGUCUCCUCGGUGUUGAAACGGGUUUCAGGGCUGCAACGAUUGCAUUUCCUCAGCAGCUCAGUGUGGUUUGUGAGGGGGCAUUUACAAGCAGCAGUAACGGCUACUUCCGUUUCAACUCAUUUACCUACUGUCAAACAGGCUCGUGGUCACCUCUACUAUUUUUAUCUGGCGUCUAUUGAGGUUUGUUUAAUCACCAGGAAGACCAAGUGCGUCAGGUGUGGUCUAUCAGCUGCAGAAAACACGUCCGGUUGCUCCUCCAUUUUGACCAAUUGUGGCGCCCCUGAGUGGACGGGCGAGACAGAGUCAUGUUUUUGUUUUUACUUGUUUUCUUCAUACGUCAGUGCAGUUUAUCACAUGGGAUAUCCGACAGCCGGAAUCUAAAAAGAUUGUAAAGUUGUUGUUGGUGUGGUUCAUGUUUCUACCUAUAACUGGAUGUAACUAAUACUGAUCAUAUGUUGUCAUUUCUCUUCUGAGAUAAUGGAAUUAAGAUUUCAAAAAUUUUCCUCUUAGAUAUUCAGCUUUUGUUGUUGUUGAAGCAACGAUUGAUUUGUGUUCAGAUAAAGUGAUCGUAAUUCAGUUCCUUAUAGUGAAUUCAAUGAAUGAAUGAAUGAGACAUGUGUUCAUGCAGCUUUGCUGCUCAUAUCUAGAUAUGCACAUUAAUGUUAAGUUACACUGUAUCAUAGAUCAGGUUUAUUCACUUCUCAUAUGCAGUACAAUUCAUGCCACUUUUUACAGUAACAAUACAUGCAAUGAAAAAAAUACUUUAUACACAUAAUAUGUCAUUAUGGACUAGGGGUGUAAUGAAAUGCUAAACUCACGAAACAAUGUGGAAUACGAUACAGGGCUCAAGAUAGCAACAUAAAAUCUCAAAAGAUGCUUUGUUUUUGUGAACAAAUGAGAACAACUUGUUUCUUGAAAUGAAAAGGAAAAGUAAAUCCUCCUCAGGGCUGCAGUCUGCUGUGAGAGAUACACACAGACACAUUUUGAAGUUAUUUCUGUUGCCAAUUGCAAAAAAAGUAAAACAACAUGUGGUCGCACAGCAAGAAGGUGUUGGGUUCAAAUACGGGCCGGGUCCUGGGGUCUCUGUAUGUGU